CGCCGCCGCCGAGCCCGGAGGAGGCGGAUGCAAUUCCCCGGCUGCCCCUGGCUCCUCGGCGGGGCGGCGGGGCCCGGCCCGCAGCGCGCAGCUACCGACAGCGGCCCCGUUCCCGUUCCCGGUCCCAGCCCCGGCGCUGCGGAGGGCGGCAGCGCGGCCCCGUUCCGCUCCGCGCUCUCCCCGCCGCGGCCCGGCCCCAGCCGCCGGGGCCCGGCCCAGCACCGCGGGGCCAUGGCCGAGUGGGCGCCCGCCCAGGCCCUCCCCACGGUUCAGGUGCAGGAGUGGAACGUGGAAGCCCCCCACCUGAUGCCACUGCAGCCGCCGCUGCUGCCGGAGCGGGCGCAUGUGCGGGAGGCUCAGCUCCACUCUGCCGAGGCCUCGCUCUGGACCGUGGUGGCCACAGUGCAGGCCAUGGAGAGGAAGAUCGACCUCCUGGCCACCCGCCUGCUCAGCCUGGAGGGACGAUCUGGCACCGCCGAGAAGAAGCUGCUGGACUGCGAGAAGACAGCCAUGGAGUUUGGGAACCAGCUGGAGAGCAAGUGGGCUGUGCUGGGCACCCUGAUCCAGGAGUACGGGCUGCUCCAGCGGCGCCUGGAGAACGUGGAGAACCUCCUCAAGAACAGGAACUUCUGGGUGCUGCGGUUGCCCCCCGGCCCCCGGGGUGAGGUCCCCAAGGUGCCAGUGACGUUUGUUGACAUUGCUGUCUACUUCUCGGCGGAGGAGUGGAAGAAUUUGGAGGAGUGGCAGAAGGAGCUGUACAAUAACCUGGUGAAGGAGAACUAUGAGUCUUUGAUCUCCUUGGAUGGUGGCCUCUCCAGAAGUGAGGUGCAGCCCCGCAGUGAGCGUGGGGAGGGUCCCUGUGUCCCUGAGCAGAGGGAGCUGGAGCAGAGGGACCUGCCACCAGACACCUGUGCAGAGUCACUGAUCUCCACCUCAGACAUCCUGUCCCGCAUCAAGCAGGAGGUGGCCUUCGUGGGGGAGCAGCAGUUCACAGAGGAGCGGGCAAUGCCAGCUGACCCCUGUGCAGGUGCGGAUGCCCUGAUCACGGCACACGACUUCCUGUCAUGGAUCAAGCAAGAGGAGGAGCCCUGUGUCCGUGAGCCCUGGGAGCUGCCUGAGAGGGAGAUGCUGACAGGUCCUGGUCCUGGUCCGGCCAAUGAGGGGCUGCUGGUGAAGACGGAGGAGCGGUGCCCCCACACCGAGCCCCCCGAGGAGGUGGGUUUGCCAGGUGGCUCUGGGGAGCUGCUUUUCCCAGGUGCAGGCUUUGGGAACCCCGAGGGACCAACGGCAUCGGUGCCAACGGCCGUGGCAAUGCCGGCGCAGCACAGACUGGCCAAAGCUCCCGCCCCAGAGCCAGGCCCCGGGGCUGAAUCCACGGGGGUCCCCAGCGCCACGCCAGGUCCCACCGAGGAGCGUCCGCACGGCUGCGCCGAGUGCGGGAAGAGCUUCAGCGGCAAGAAGAGCCUGCGGAUCCACCAGCGCAGCCACGCGGCCGAGCGGCCCUACCCCUGCGCCGAGUGCGGCAAGAGCUUCAACUGCCACUCGGGCUUGGUGAGGCACCAGAUGAUCCACCGCGGCGAGAGGCCCUACAAGUGCUCCGAGUGCGGCAAAUGCUACAGCCGCAAGGAGCACCUGCAGAACCACCAGCGGCUGCACACCGGCGAGCGGCCCUUCGCCUGCGCCGCCUGCGGCAAGAGCUUCAUCCGCAAGCAGAACCUGCUCAAGCACCAACGCAUCCACACCGGCGAGAGGCCCUACCAGUGCCCGGCCUGCGGGCGCAGCUUCCGCUACAAGGAAUCCCUCAAGGAUCACCAACGGGUCCACGGGGCCGAGGCGGGACCCCCGCCGUUGCCCCCUCCCGGUAUUAUGCCCCCCGGGGGAUCCCGCACCCAGGAAGGCAACGGCAGCGCCUGUGAACAGAAGGAUGAGGCUGGUGGAGUCACCACAGGACAUGAGGCAGUGGGACUGCGGGGUUCCAUCUCCCCGCUCUGGUCCCAGCCUGCCCCUUUCUGUUGGCAAGGAAGAGCCGUCUGUGUCUGGGGGCAGAACCGCGUGGCCGACCCCGACGCCGACCCCGGCCUCGCUGGCAGUGCCAGCCUGAGGCUCAGGGAAGGUGGGCUCGGCUUUGGGCUGCUCAAGGAGCGGGCUGGGGUCCGGGUGUGGGUCGGGCGGCAGCGGUGCCGCCUGGCUCUGGCGCGUGCUGGCCCGCUCCUGGCGCAGGUAGCGCAGUUCAUCACGGAUGUCCGUCAGGACGCCCAGCAAGCGGAACUGGAGCUCGCGGUCACGGGCCCUCUCCUCACGCUGGGUGGCACGUUCCUCCUGCCACAUGGCCAGCUCUUGGUGGUACAGCUGGUCCCACUGCUCCUCCAGGUCCAGCAGGUGAUGGAUGUUAGUCCUCCAGCUCUCCCGGCGGUGAUCCUCCCGCAGGCGGGAGCAGCCCAGGCCACGGGGGUGCGAGGAGUCAAGCCCACGGCCAAGGGCAGGCAGAUGAUUUCAGGCUCCGAGUCGUGGCUGGCCUGCAAGAAGGUGGAAGCCACCAUCUUCUCGAGGGGCGUGAGGCGCGGCUUGUGCAGCGGCCCGCCGGCGCGGUUCACCGGCAGGUGCUUCUUGGAGACCAGCGUCUCAGUCUCGUCAUUGGAGAAGUUGGCCUUCCUCUUCCGGCCAGACGCUGGCAUCGCCUGUGAGGCUGCGGCAGAGGUGGAAGGGGCACAAUUGAACCUCGGUCCCCACUCCUCUCUGUCAGCUCCUGGGGGCAACAUGGGGCUGCGGGAGCCCGAGGGAGCCGCGGAGGAGGGAGCCGAAGCAAGAGCCCCCGAGGCAUCCAUGGCAGGGGAGGCUUGGGCCGGGGAGGAUCUAAAGAGCCGCUUCAGCACACCACGCGGCACGGGGGCACCUCAUCCCCUCGCCCCGGCUCGAGAGCACCUGGGAGGGGAGAAAAGGAAAGGGCAGCGGUGGGUGGCGGCAGCACGGGGUGAUGGCCGUGAUGCCCCCGGGUGUGGGGAGGGCUGGGGGGGGUGGGUGGUCAACCGCUCCUCGGCUGCACCCCCGGGGGCAGGGCCGGGGCCUUCCGCGGGCGGCUUUUGUUCGCGCUUCCGCCGGGCACCGGGGACAAAGAAGCCGGGGCUGGAGCCGGGGGGGUGGCCGGGGGCAGGCACCGGGCCCCGGCCCAUCUCCAGCACCCGCACCUUCUCGGUCAGCGACAGCUCCUUCCGCUCCUUCCGUGGUGUUGAUGUACCCCCCUCAGUUGUGCCUGUGGAGCGGCCGGCACACGGAGACGGGCGGCACAUAGGACUGCCCGUGGCCCCCAGCCCCACGGGCUCAGUGAAGCCUCUCCCGCAUCGGCCACAGGCGUCUGGCUUUUGCCCGACACUGCGGCCGCACUCGGUGCACUCGAGCAGCGGCUCUCCUGUCCGGCAGCGGCGGCUCUCGAAGGCAGUGGAUGGGGUGCUGAAACCACUGUUACCGGCACCAGGAUUUGGCUCCGGCUCGAUGACACCGCAAGAUAGGAAGGUGUCGCGGCGCAGCCCCCUCACCGGGAACCCCGCAGGACCAAGCCCACCAGUUUAUCAGUAUUUGGUCCACUCCCUGGCCCCCAUCCCUGGACCCACCCGGUCCCCUAUGUCCCAUCCCACUCACCCUGGGAAAGGCCGGUGGGUGCUGCACGUGGCCGGGGGCUCCGAUGCUCCCCGUAGCGCCCUGCCGCUGCCACCUCCUCCCCUCGCUCGACCUCGGCCAGGAUGUCGGGCCGUGACCGCGAGCUGGUACCGGGCGGGACCCGGGUGCCUCACCCAGGGCGACGGGGCGCUCGCUGUCCUCCUUCAUGGCACCGGCACCGACCCACUCUUCGGGGAGACGCGGCAGUUGCUAAAGGCGAGGCUCGCCGUGCGGGAAGGACGGCGGGGGCUCAGUGAUGCACCGCACCGGGAUGACGGCACACGGCUGGCUGGUGUCCGGUCGGGCUCGGUAAGGUCCGGUCGGGCUCGGUACUACUCCAACGCGACCCCCACCCCCGCCCCGCGCGGCCCCGCGGCUGACCGCGGGAACGCGCGCGCUGAGCCCCGCCCCCCCAGCCGGCUAUUGGCCAGCCUCUCAGCAGGCACCAACCGGAUUGGUGCCUCCACCGCCCAAUCAGCGUGGGGCCGGUGCUGCGGCGGUGGCAGGGGCCGGCGGGAUUCGUCUAAGGCCUUGCGCGGUCUUCCCGCCGCUAGGUGUCGGUGCACCGCUGCCCGUUGCCGCCGCUGCUCCCAGUGUGCCCCGCGCUCUCGGGAUGGCCGCUCUGCCCCGACGCUGCUGAGCAGGCGCCGGGCCCGUGCCGCCGCCGUUCGUUCCGUCCCGCCGUCGUUACCGCCGCCGCUGCCGCUGCCCACCGCGCCCCGCUGGGCCAUGGCCGACUGGGCCCCCGCUCAGGAGCUGGAGUGGGACAUGGAGUCCGAGGAACUGGCCCUGGAGCAGCCUCUGGCCAGCCCAAAGCAAAGCCCCACUGGGGAGGCCGAGCUGCCGGCCGCCGAGAUCUCUUUGACGCUGGUCACGGAGAUCCAGGCUGUGGACAGGAAGGUGAACAUCCAGUCCGCCCAGCUAAUGAACCUGGAGGGGAGGAUGAGGAUGGCAGAGUCCAAGCUGAUCGGCUGUGAGAAGACGGCGGUGGAGUUUGGGAACCAGCUGGAGAGCAAGUGGACAGCACUGGGCACCCUGAUCCAGGAGUAUGGGCAGCUCCAGCGGCGCCUGGAGAACAUGGAGAACCUGCUAAAAAACAGGAACUUCUGGAUCCUCCGCCUGCCCCCAGGGGUGAAGGGGGAAGUCCCUAAGGUCCCUGUGGCCUUCAACGAUGCUUCUUUCAACUUCUCCGAGGAGGAGUGGAAGAGUCUGAACGAGUGGCAGAAGGAGCUUUACAGACACAUCAUGAAAGGCAACUACGAGGCUGUCAUCUCGAUGGAUGCUGCCAUUUCGAAGCCUGAUCUCCUGACGAGGAUUGAGCAAGGAGAGGAUCCCAAUGUGGAGAAUCCAGAUGACUCCGAGGGAGGAGAAAGCCCUACAGACCCCAGCACUGAGUUUUCCUUUCCUGGUCCUGAUGACAGCUCAUGGUGUAAAUACGAGGAGACUCCCCUGGAAAGCCAUGAGGGCUCUGAUGAAGAGGAGGUCAUGGAGGUCCCGACUACAUAUCCACAGCAGUGUGAUGAGGAAGGUUCUGAAAGCCUUAACCUUCCCAGCUCCUUGUCUGGAAAAUGGGAAGAGGUCUUCAGCCCAGAGGAAGAGGUAAAAUCAAGUGGCAAGAACCAGAGUGGAUCCACCUCCCAGCAGAGAACCUCAGCGGGCAAUGGGCUGAGGCGCUCCUCUCGCCGUGGGAGAGACUUGGCCAAGAAGGACCUUCCCGAGGAUGUGGCCACAGAGGAGGGUCCCUACAUCUGCUGUGAUUGUGGGCAGAGCUUCCUGGAGAAGGAGGAAUUCACCAGCCACCAGAAGGUGCACACCAGUGAGGAGGCCUGCACUUCCCUGGAGCACGGAGAAAGCUUCCGACCCAAGUCCAAAACUCCCAAAGGCCAAGGGUCCUCCCGCUCCAAACCCUCCAAGCGCCCCGAUGGAGAGAAGAGCUCUGAAUUCAAGUAUGGCUUUGUCAGGCACCAGGUGAACAACAUGGUGGAGAGACCCUACACCUGUUCCCAGUGCAAGGAGAGCUUCAGCCUGGAAGUCAGCCUUAUCUUGCACCAGAAGCUCCACACGGGGAAGGGCGACGGGCCACUGACCUGCACCUACUGUGGGAAGGACUUCCGAGACCUCUCCAAAGCCAUCCGCCACCAGCGCAUCCACACCGGGGAGAGGCCCUACCAGUGCACCGAGUGUGGCAAGAGCUUCAUCCGACGGGAUCACCUCCUCAAGCACUGGAGGGUCCACACGGGGGAGACGCCCUACCAGUGUCCUGUCUGCGGCAAGCACUUCCGCUACAAAGAGUCCCUCAACUGCCACCAGAAGAUCCACUCUCGCAACCCUCGGCCCAUGGAGGAGUCGCAGCUCAACCUGGAGUCUGCCACCCAAACUGGCAAUUACUGUGUCAAAAAAGAAACUUCUCAAGCCCGCGGGGCGCGGAGGGGACACAAGGCGGGGGGGGCCCUAGUCUCGGGCGUGGGCGGCCGCCAGGGGGCGCCCGCAGUAGCUCCGCCCCCGGCUAUGGCGGCGCCCGACGGGACCCCCCCAGAACCCCCCCGCCCGGCGCUGCCCGCACUCCGCCAGGUCCGUGCGAGCCCCCAGUUCGCUCUUAGUUCUUUCAGAGCACUCCCGCCUCGCCACGCAGGCUCGGUCCCGGGGCACCCGCCGCCCCCCACGAGGGCCCCCCCGUUCCUUUGCCGUGGGGCAGCGCCGGGCCGGAGCCAGACCGGGCCGGGCCGGGCAGUGCCGGCGGGGAGGGCCCCGACGGUGCGCGGCGGCGGCGUGGUCAUGCCGUCGGUGCGACAGGGGGCGCUGCGGUGGCACAGGGCUCCCCGCUCUGCCCCGCCCGGCGCGGCCCCCGGCGCGGCCCGCGCGCGACGGCGGCGGCCCGCCCGCCCCCUGCCGGCUCGGCGGGGCAGCGGCGGGGCCGGAGCGCCCAGCGCGGAGCGGCGGAGCCGGGACACGGAGCCGCGUUCGGCAGCCGCUGCCCCGCCCCGCCGCGCCUCCCCGCCGCGCCCCUCCACCCCGCCGCCGCCGCCCCGCCGCGCCGAGCCGCCCCGGGCCCAGCCCGAUGCCCGGCGGCGGGCGGAGGUGAAGGAGCGAGCGGGCACUGGAUCCUCCCGGCCGCGGCCCCCGGGGCGGGAACAAAGGGCCAUGGCCGAGGGGGCCCCCGCGCAGGCACCGGAGCCGGUGCUGCCACCGCGCUGCCCUUCGCCCCUCCGGCCACCGGUCGGCCCCGAGCGCACCUUGGAGCGGGAAACACAGACGGCCGAGCUGUCUCUGACGGUGGUGGCAGCUGUGCAGGCGGUGGAGAGAAAGGUGGACUCCCAUUCCACCCGCCUGCUGGACCUGGAGGGACGGACAGGGAUGGCAGAGAAGAAGCUGAUAGACUGUGAGAAGACGGCAGCUGAACUGGGGAACCAACUGGAGAGCAAAUGCGCAGCACUGGGCACCCUGAUCCAGGAGUAUGGGCUGCUCCAGCGGCGCCUGGAGAACAUGGAGAACCUGCUCAAGAACAGGAACUUCUGGAUCCUCCGCCUGCCCCCAGGCAGGAAGGGGGAAGUCCCCAAGGUGCCGGUGACGUUUGACGACGUCUCCGUCUACUUCAACAACAAGGAAUGGGAGAAGCUGGAGGAGUGGCAGAAGGAGCUGUACAAGAACGUGAUGAAGGGCAACUACGAGUCGCUGAUCUCCAUGGACUACGCAAUUUCCAAACCUGGUGUUCUGUCUCAGAUUGAGCAAGCGGAGGAGUCGCGGGUCAGGAAUGAGCAGGACCUGGAGGAGAGUGAGAUCAUCACAGACGCCACCGCAGCUGGGAUAAGGGUGGUGAUCAAAACAGAGGAGCUCCUUCCUGAAGACAGCCCCGAGAACCCUGACCUGCAUGGGAUGUCAGGGCAGUCAGAGGGGAGCUUCCAGAGCCCAGAUGAGGAAGCAGCCUGCGAGAGCCCCUACGGUUCUGUCUCCCCUCCAAGGGACCUGCCAGGAACCAGCCUAGGGGACUCCUCUGAGUAUGGAGCUGACUUCAAUGAGAUCCAGAGAGUCAUCGUCCACCACGGCAACUGCACAGAGGACGGGAUCGUGAUCAAGACAGAGGAGGAGGAGGAGGAGGAGGACGAUGCAGACCCCCUGGAGCCGUGUGCCAUGUUCUCGGGCAGGACAGAGCCUCCGGCGUUCCCCAGCCACCACGAUGCCAGGCUGGGCCGCGAGGUGCAGCGCAGCUCCAAGCCGCAGCCCCGCGGGUUGGCGGCCACCCGCGUGAGGAAAGCCCAGGCCUGCGAGCGAGACUCCGGAGAGAUGAAGCCCAGCGCUGGCCAGCAGCGCAACCGGACGAGGGAGCGACCCUACAUCUGCCCCGAGUGCGGGAAGAGCUUCAUGCUGAAGAUCAACUUCAUGAUCCACCAGCGCAACCACCUCAAGGAAGGGCCCUACGAGUGCCACGAGUGCGACCUCAGCUUCCGCAACAAGCAGCAGUUCCUGCUGCACCAGCGCAGCCACACGCGCCGCGGCGUGGGGGUCCCACGGCGCCCCGAGCACGGCCUCAAGCCCCAGCCGCGGCCGCCGCCCCCGGGGAAGCCCUACAAGUGCUCCGAGUGCGAGAGCAGCUUCAGCCACAAGUCGAGCCUCAGCAAACACCAGAUCACUCACGUCGGGGAGCGGCCCUUCACCUGCGGCGAGUGCCGACGGAGCUUCCGCCUGCAGAUCAGCCUCAUCAUGCACCAGAGGAUCCACGCCGGCAAGAGCGAGAUGGCCUUCCUCUGCCCGCAGUGCGGCAAGAACUUCACCCGGCCCUCCCACCUGCUGCGCCACCAGCGGACUCACACCGGCGAGCGGCCCUACCAGUGCAGCCAGUGCGAGAAGACCUUCAGCGAGAAGUCCAAGCUGACCAACCACUACCGCAUCCACACCCGGGAGCGCCCGCACGCCUGCGCCGUCUGCGGGAAGGGCUUCAUCCGCAAGCAUCAUCUCCUGGAGCACCAACGCAUCCACACGGGCGAGCGGCCCUACCACUGCACCGAGUGCGGCAAGAACUUCACCCAGAAGCACCAUCUCCUGGAGCACCAGCGGGCGCACACCGGCGAGCGGCCCUACCCCUGCACCGAGUGCACCAAGUGCUUCCGCUACAAGCAGUCCCUCAAGUACCACCUGAGGACGCACAUGGGAGAGUGAGGGGCUGCUGACGGCUUCCUCUCCCUCCCUUCCCUCCCCUUCCCUACCUCUAUUCCUUCAUCCCUCCCCUUCCUCCUCCUCAACUCAUCUCUCCUACCCUCCCUCCAUCCCCUUCUCCUCCUUACCCCCGGCUCAGGGCAUGGACAUCACGGAAGCUUUGUGUGGUAGCGCCGCUGGUCUGGUGGAGAUGGCUUAGGCUGAUUGGGAAAUAAAUUAAUUAAUUAAAGCAAGCAACGCGCGGCAGAGUUCAAAGGUGAUAUAAAUCUAUCUCUCCAAUUCACCAGAAGCAGCUGAUUUUAGGGGGAAAUCCUCACCACUAGGGGAAAACAAAACAAGACACAACAAAGCAAAGAGCAGAAGAAACCUCUGCAGGGUGUUUGGUCAGAGUAGGACUCUUAACUGCUUUUUAAAUUUACUGUUUGAGUGUUUAAUAAACGUGGAGGAACUUUUGAUCUAAAGAGCAAAAUUUUAGAUGGCCAAGAUUUGGAGCUCUAUUUUGGGUUUUGUCUGUUUGAUUUGUUUUUUUUGUUUGUUUGUUUGUUGAUUGGUUUUGGUUUUGGGUUGGUUUUUAUUUGUUUGUUUGUUUAAUUUGGUUUUAAAUUGCUCUGGAGGCUUCCUUUUGGCACAGUCACUUUUGUCCGGGAGCUCUGCAGAGGUGCUGCCUCGUCCAGGCUCUGUGGGGCUGGACGUGACAGCUGCUCGGCAGCACACGUGUGGUGACGAGGAGCUCCCAGCCACCAAGGUGGGGAGGUGAGUAAGAAAUAGAUCCAGAUGAGGAGGAAAGUUCUUUGUGUUAUGUCUAGAUUGGAAGUGCUGGUAGGUGCCUGCCCGGCUCUCGGAGCUGUGAUGCAAUUAUCCAAUAGAAUAAAAAUCCUAGUUGGAGUAAAGGACCCUUUUUUCUGGUAGGAUCCCCAUCAGCAAGGCUCCUCCAAACACUCAUUUCUAGUGCUUGAUCCCCACUUUGUCUGAUGUGUGGUGACCACCCUCCUGGUGCCACCAGAGCUGCACCAAAGGCAUUGCCAAGCUGUCAGGAGAUGUAGGUCUGUGGUGCUGCAGGGUCAUGAUGGACCUGUGGGCAAGACCUCGAUGUCUGCUUUUCUGCUCCAUGCCAUUGCAAGCAGGACACCCUCACCUUUGCCAGUGACAUUGACUGAUGGCAUUGACUGUGUCAGAGCAACGGGAUUCCUGCCCCAAAUGCAUGAGCAGGUCCUGGGAUGGCUCCAAGAAAAGCCAUGACCAGACUGGGGCUGCCCAUGGGGGAUCUCCUGGCUGCUGGGAUUCCCUGCCGCACAGCUGCGGUGAUGGUGGUAGGACACAGGUCCCCCCUGUCUCCUCACUGUUGGUUUGAGCUCCUGUCUCCAGCGGCUCAGUUCUUGGUGGCUUGCCCUCCUCACAGCUUCUGUAGUUUGGUUGGGUGAGAUGCACCCUGGGCCAUAGCUGGAGCAGUGCCACCAGCUGCCCUCUGUGCACUGGACUCCUGGGUGCUGGGUGUUACGGGGAAGGUGGGGUCAGAUCUGGUGUUGGACAGUGGCAUCAAUAAACAGAGCAAUGAUGGGAGAA